AUGUGUGUGUAUAUAUAUAUACACACACACAUAUAGAUAGAUCUCUGUGUGUAUGUGCACUUUGAAUUAUCAGAACAGGCGGCGGCACAUGUUAGUCUGAGAAAGUUGGGUUUCAAGAAAUGAGGGUUUUACAGAGAGAGGAGAGCCACAGGGCGGAGAUUGAAGAAUUGCGUCAGGCGUUGCUAUCUUGCGCCUGGGUGCACAGGAGGAAGGACGAGGAGGAGCAAUUCAGAGGCCGAAUUGGGACGAACAAAGAUGGAAACGACGACGUUGUAGAAGAGAAGGUCGUGUGCGUCACCAGUGGCGUAUCCUUCCUGGGCCUUGCUAUCGUGAGCAAACUCUUACUCCGUGGAUACUCUGUUCGGGUCAUCGUCACUAACCAAGGUGAUGCAGAGAAGCUGAGAGAAAUGGAAAUAUUAGGAGAGAUGAGGGGAGCUAACAACAAAAUGAAAGCAGUUGUGGCCUCAUUAACUGAAAUUGAAAGCUUAGCUCAAGCAAUGGAGGGUUGCCAUGGCGUGUUUCACACAUCUGCCUUAGUUGACCCCGCAGGGGUCUCUGGUUAUACUAAAUCCAUGGCUGAUAUAGAAGUGAAGGCAAGUGAGUGUGUAAUGGAGGCAUGUGCAAGAACAUCAUCGGUUAGAAAGUGUGUACUCACAUCAUCGCUUCUGGCCUGCAUUUGGCACGACAAGUCCCGCGAUGACCUCCCUUCUGUAAUUAACCAUGAAUGCUGGAGUGAUGAAUCUCUCUGCAUGGACAAAAAGCUCUGGUAUGCAUUGGGAAAACUGAGGGCAGAGAAGGCGGCAUGGAGAGUGGCCGAGCAGAGAGGGUUGAAACUGGUAACAAUCUGCCCAGGUUUGGUUACUGGUUCCGAAUUCUGUCACAGAAAUCCAACAGCAACUAUUGCUUAUCUCAAAGGAGUUCAAGAGAUGUAUGCAGAUGGAUUGUUGGCGAGUGUUGAUGUGAAUAGAUUAGCAGAGGGACAUGUAUGUGUGUUUGAAGCAAUGAACAAGACAGCGUUUGGGAGGUACAUUUGCUUUGAUCGUGUGAUCAGAAUGGAGGAUGAGGCAGAAGAGUUGGCAAAGGCGACUGGGAUGCAAAUUAAGAGGACAUCAGGGGAUUCAUCCAGUGAUUUUCGAAUUCCGUUCGAGUUGUCUGAUAUGAAGCUUUCCCGGCUAAUGUCAAGUAGAAUGCAAUGUCGUAGUGAAUGUUAGCAGCAGAACAAACACUAGGACAUUGCAUAUUGUAGUGCUGUUAGCAAAAUUCAAGGUGGCUUCAUCCAAUGUUGUUUUGUUGUCUAUGUAGACUGUUAUUAUAUGAAAUCGAGUAGUGUGUUGAGAGCGAAUAUAUCCAAACAUAAGAGAAAUAUGGCUAAAUAUUAAUAUUUUAUUAUUAUUAUUAUUAUUUUUAGACCAAAA